AUGCCUUCCGCUGAAAAUGUUGCCAUUUCGAAGCCGGAAGCGGACGUACCGACCGAAGGAGAUGCAGUUCAGGAGAGUUCAGGAGCAGCCUCAACCCCGCUAGACACCACCUCAACCACCACCGAAGACGUCACCCUCGCCAAUGACCCACUGGGUUCAUGGAAAGGAUGGGCAGAGAUAGAAAAUGAUCCGGUUGUAUUCAGCACGUUAUUGCGAGAAUGGGGUGUUCCCAAUGUCCAGGUCAACGAAGUUGUGCCACUCGACAACGUGUUUGAGUAUCCACCGCAGAGCAUUUACGGCCUAAUAUUUCUGUCACGAUGGGCCGCACCAGAAACUGAAAACGAUCUUACGGAGCCUCCCACAGGAGUUUGGUUCGCCAACCAGACCCUUUCCAACUCCUGUGCCACGGUUGCUCUAAUGAAUAUCGUCAACAACCACGCGACGAUCAACCUGGGCCAACCGCUCAACGACUUCCGAGCCAGCACAAUGAAUAUGACACCCAUGGAACGGGGCCUUGCGCUGGAUCGAUUCGACCAUGUCAGAGACGUUCACAAUUCUUUUGCCACAGAAAUUGACAAGAUGGAUGUCGAUCUUCGUCUCAAGCAGGACAUGGCUACAGCGGAGAAGAGGAAGAAAGCCGCAGGCGCAAAGCGGCCACGCAAGAAACGCAAGGCAGAAGACGAAUUGAACGAGGAGGAGAGUGGGCUUCAUUUCGUCGCAUACGUGCCCGCUGGAGGAGUGGUUUGGAGAAUGGAUGGACUAGAGCGGCUUCCACGGAAGUUGGGCACUGUGGACGAAGGAAAUGGCUGGAUUGCGAUGGUUCUCCCAGAGCUGCAGGCUCAGUUGGAAUCAGCAACGAGCAACUCAUUGGAGUACUCGUUACUCUCUCUGACUGCAUCAAAUGAUUCCUGGAGCUUGGAGGCGGACAGGAUGAAGAUGGAGAGAGCGCGGGAGGAUUGGGGCCCUUUCCUUGCGCAAAUGGUCAGGAUUCAUGCUGACAAGGGUAGUUUGAAGCAGGCCUUGGGGUAG